AUGGGUGUGACGUGUUCGCAGUGCAUCCUGGCAAGGCACAAGGAUAAUAGUGUAGAAGAAAAUCGCCACACGGAGCUAAUUAACUUUCCGCGGAAGCAUCAAUCGCCCCAACAGCACUCCAAAGUGGCGUCACCAAGCGAGCCCCCACGCGGAAGCAGCUCCUCGUCUUCAUCCGCAACGCUGGUGUCUUUGGACGUUAGUAGUCCAUUGACAUCGACCAGGCCGACAGCAACGACGGUGGCAGUGGCAGUGACGGCUACGACAACGUCGACUGCAGCAGUUGCUACGUCACUGGUGACGACAGUAUCACGCAACGCGCCUGGAACGUCAUCUUCGACCACCGGCAGUGAUUCGACGCAGCAAGUGCUCAUCAUUACGGCCCACCAUCAUCAUCAUCACCAUCUUCAAUCGCUUCGCCAGUCACCGCAGCAGCCACAGCCGCAACAACAAACGGGCCAAACGGCACAAAAUAUUGCCACUCAGCAGUCAACUUCGAAUCAUUCGCUACUACAAACACCGAGGGAUAUCAGCUCGUCGGGAGUCAUGACAGGUAAUAUCUUGAACAUCACACCAAAACUUUCCCAAGGACCGAUAAGGGAAAUUGUAGGUAUUACGGCGAAGCCAACCUUCCUCUAUUUGCGCGUUUUCGACGCAAGAAAUGGUGGCAACGAUCGCGCGCUCUCGAAAAAGUGGAACGGCAGCAUCACGAUCCGGACAGCCGACGUUUCGAUGCUUACGAGGAAGUUGGGUUUGGGGCGGGCGAUGUAUCGGGCCGUAAAUAUUGGAUGAAUCAAUAGCAGUAACAACAAUAAGCCAACAAUCACAAUAACUACCUUCCGUAAAUAUUUUGUCAACCAUUUCAGUAUGUAACAAACAACCUAGAAGAAUAUGAUUGUGUCGAAUAUUAAGAAUUCAAUUUGAUGGAAGCAUCUACGUCAACGACCAAAAAUUCAAGUUUCGUUCUAAAACAACCUAUGGAACAACCAAACCGAUGCUAGAUAUUUUGCACGACGCACGUAGGUAUGCUGCUGUAAACAGUAAAAAAGUUUGAACAAACAGCUGAGUAACACGAAAGCUCAUUUUCAGUCGAAGGACAGGAUUUAUGACAAAGUAUUCCACAAACUGGUAAACCAAAGAAGCCAGAUUAAACCAUUACUGAGCGCUGCUCACCCUCAAGGCAAUGCGAUGCGAUCAUCUCUUAUAACAUGCGCCCCUAGUGCGCACACACACGCGAACACGCAUUGGCUUGUUAGCGCAGAGUGUGACGUUGACGCGUCAUAUAGCAAAUGAAUGCUUGUAUGCACUUGAUCACAUAUAAUAAUGAAAAAAUAUAACGGAUGCUGUAAUCCCUUGCUGAUCCGAGACUUUGUUUGUGAUUCAUAAGUGAACAGACUUUAC